AUAACGGUGCGGUGUGCGCGGUGAUAUUCGACUUCGUUUAAAAGUUUGUUACGGCGCGAGUUGGCCAACAGUUGAGCGAGUGAAUUCAUAGCGUUAGCACACGCAAUCAAGUGUUUCCGAGUGUUGAACUUCACUAGGAAAAUUAAAUAACAUAACAAAUCCACACACACACACACACAGACAUUCCUUCGGGCAUACAGAGACAAAGACUUUCAAAGUGCACCAGAGCCAAGUGUGAAUCUUCCAAAAGUGAAUUGACAAGUGAAUUAGUGAAAAUAAAAAAGAAAAACAAUUGAGAAGCAACAUUAAAGAUAAACUAAGAAGUGAGACAAUAAAAAUCAAAGCAAAUUAUUGCUAAAAAUCUGAGUGAAAAAAGACACACACACACAUUGCCACAUCGAGAGCGCCAGUUUUCGAGUGAUUUCUUGGAAUAUUCGGUUUAUCAGCAUUUUGUGACACCCAAAAAUUUACAACAACGUUGGCCAAAAUGAAGUUAAGACUCUUACGUUGUUUACGUCACACGAAGCCGCAAGUGCCGGACGAGUUCCACACAACGCCACAGGAUGUGGAGCAACAGUUCACCGAAGUGCGCAAAUCGUUUCGUGAGGCCGUGAAAAUUCUGCUGCUGGGCACCGCCGAGUCCGGCAAGACGACCAUCAUCAAGCAAAUGCGCAUACUGCACAUCAACGGAUACACAGACGAAGAACGCUGUGACAAAAUCCCCGAAAUCUACCAAAACAUCCACGAAUCCAUCUACCAGUUGGUGCAACAUAUGGCUAUACUGGGUAUACAGUACCAGAGCAUAGCGAGUAGAAAGUGUGCAGAAUAUAUACUCUCAAUGGGCGAUCAGGCGCCGGAAUAUAUGAAUGAGGAAUACUGUGAUCAUAUAAUCACUUUAUGGAACGAUGUCGGCAUUCGGACGUGUUUCGAACGCUCCAAUGAAAUUCCGCUGUUGGACAGCACGAAAUACUUCCUUGACAAUUUCGAACGCAUCUCCGACCCCGAGUACAUACCAUCCACCGAGGACAUACUGCACAGUCGCAAGAUCACCACCGGCAUACACCAGAUCACGUUCAAAGUGAAGGUGCCGCGCACCAUGGGCGGUGGCGUGCAAGAGUUCCGCAUGUACGAUGUGGGCGGCCAGCGCGAUCAGCGCAACAAAUGGAUACAAGUCUUCGAGGGCAUUCAGGCGGUGCUCUUUCUCAUUUCCUGUGGUGACUUCGAUCAGAGUCUGCGUGAGGAUUCGCGUCAGAAUCGUCUGCAAGAGGCGCUCAAUCUGUUUCGGAGUGUGUGGCAGAAUCGGUUUCUCGCCUCCGCCGGCUUCAUUGUCUUCCUCAACAAGCAGGACGUAAUGGAGCGCAAGAUACGCGCCGGCAAGCAUAUUGUCGAUUAUUUCCCCGAUUUCGAAGAUUUCUGCAAUUCGCCACAAGACGGCAACUACUUCGACGAGUCGGAUUGGACGAAGCGUUUCAUACAGCACAAGCUCAUCGACAUCACGCGUGAGCCCUUCAAGCGCAAUUCUCGAAAUAACAUUGACUACUCGAGGCGCGAGUGCUACUACCAUUUUACCGUCGCCACCGAUACGAGUUGCGUGCGGAAGGUCUUCAAUGACGUGCAUCAGAUGAUUCUGCAUCAGAACAUCAAACUGAUGGGACUGCUGUGAUGAGACUGCGCAUUUAGCACGAAUGCGAGUUCGUGCAGCGAAAACAAUU